UCUCCGAUAACUGUAGUAGAAAAUGAAUUCCGUCAGUUUUCAAACACAGCUGGCCUCCAUCAUGGAGGUACUGGCUAAUGCGGCAGUAGCAGAAAUUUGCGAACUUGUAGAUGAUGGCUAUGCGGUUUUACAUUUGGAAAUAUCUCGAAGACAGAAAGAGAAUGAAGCUCUGAAGAGGAAAUUACAAAUGAUGGAAUUGAGGAUAUCGAGACAGGGUGUGGAGAAAGCACGGGUUCAAGUUCGCAAUGAAUUAAAAGGAUCCGUGCACGAGAAGCCUCCGUUUCCAGCCGAAGACAGUGUCAGCAAACAGUUGGACAGCAGUCAGUGGAGAGAUGGAGGUCCCGCAGCGGAGCGUGAGGAAGAGGCUUCAGUUAAAUCUGACGAGUCUGCGGAAGUAGAAGGAGUUAGGCCUGAGUCAGUGCCUAUUAAAAUAGAGAAGCUUGAAGAGGACUUGGAGAACAGUGACCUGCAGGGAGGACUGAAGAUCAGAGAAGAGAAAGCUGUAGAGUCAAGUACUGGUGAUGGUGAAAGGGCUCCUGUUGUGGACACGCAGACUACACCUGCUAUAGACACAGAUGAGCUCAAUGAACAACACAGCACCAGCCACAGUGUUUGGGAAGACAGUGGACUGGACACUGUCUUUAAGGCAGAACCGGAGAAUGAGACUGCAAACCAGACACUUCAGCAAAGGGGAUCUGAACUUGGCAUGGGAAAUCGGAACAGUCAGGGCCACGACCACGCCAUAUACGAGAGGACACUUCAACUGGACACAUUCUAUACAAGAGGGGUUACUGGAAAAGAGACCGAGGACCCAACCUGCUCGUAUGCGGCCACCACAGACUCUGGGAGCUUUCGGGGUCACGGAGAGCUUCCUCCAGUCUUUUCUGCUGAGAAAAGAAAGAUGGCUUCUGUAUGGAACAAGGAGAUGAUAUCAGGAGCUGUUCCGGCACAGCGUAGACAUUACAGAGGAGACAGGCGGAGGGAACAGUUGCCAUUGGAGAAUGUUGUGUUUCCCUCAGAGACCCACGUGUCUUUGCAAUCAAAUGUGGGGUCCAAGUCUAGUGCUGCUGACGCAAACAGAUGGGGCCCCUGCGAUGACAGUUUCACCAAAUCCAAAAGCGUCAAGCCCCCCUACAGAGUUGGCACAAGAAGGAAGCUGUUCAUUUGCACGUACUGCGGGAAGAGCUUGGCUUGUCUGAAAAAUCUGAAAACGCACCUGAGAGUUCACACGGGCGAAAAACCGUUCAGCUGCAUGCAGUGCGGAAAGCGUUUUGCCGACUCCAGCAACCUUAAGAGGCACCAGAGUGUUCACACGGGCGAGAGAAAAUACGGCUGCACGCACUGCGGAAAGAGGUUCGCCCAGUCUGGCUCCCUCAAAGUUCAUCAGAGCGUACACACAGGACAGAGACAGUACAGCUGCACACAGUGUGGGAAGACAUUUAUUUCGUCAAGUCACCUAAAGAGGCAUGUGAGCGUUCACAUUGGAGAAAACUUUUAGCCAACACAUUUUGAGGGAAGAAAACACCCAAUUGUUGAUAUUGACUUGAUAAUGUCAUACUGUUUACUUUACAGACUUGACAAAUAUAUUUUGUACAUCUCAAGCGUCUGUGAAAUUAAGUUAUUCCUGCCAGAACAAAUGCACAACCUGCAAUAUAAUUAGAGAUUUUUUUCUG